UCUGUACAGACACAGUCGAGAAGAAAAAGUGGCUGCAGAAGACAGCAAUUUAUUUUAUUUUGCAAUGUUGUAGACUUUUGUAGACUGUAAUAUCUGGAUGUAAGAGGGUAUAUUUCAUCUGGCAUGAGCCAGAGACAGGAGCUCGCCUAUGGCAGACCAACCUGAGUUUCAGCCUGGGGGGUCGCAUAGACGCAAUCAACGACACCAGUCCGGGACAGACAAUAAGCCUCCUGACAAUUCCAAGGUUGAAGAUCAGACACAAUUGCCACAAACUGAAAAGAAACCCAACAGGAAAAGAAGUGCCUCGUGUUCAAAGGAUACAGGUCAACAUUGUAUUAGUAAUAAGGUUAUAGCACCUAGCAACAAGGUCACUGCUCCUAGCAACAAGGCCACAGUUGCCAGCAACAAGGUCGCUCCUAGCAACAAGACCACACCCCAAAGCAACAAGGUCACAACCCCAAAUAAAGAAUUCAUAGAUUGGAACAAUAGUGCUUCACACAAGCCAAGUUCGUCAAAGAAAAAGAAGAAAGUUUCUAAAAAGGAUAAGAGUAGGACAGCAUCAGUAUCUACAAAGGAAGUUCAAGAUAUUUCUAUUUCCCAAGUAGAGGAAAAGGGGAAAAAAUCUUUCUCAAAAACUAUUUCUGGAAUUGUUGGGAAAGCAGCAAAGUUGGUCAACAUAUCUCAUUCUUCUGAAGCUAUAAAGAAACUUAAAAAGACUGAAACUACAGUAACUAGCAGUACCAGUAUAUCAAACUUUGAUCAACCUGAUCCAGAGUUUGAGACAUAUACAAUAUCGAAGAAUCUCCGGUCAAACUCAAACGCAUCUGUAAUUGAGGGAAUACCCUACUACACAACAUUCAACAAGUGGAGUAAUAGUAAAAAAAGGUGUGUAAGGUCUUCCACUGGCAGUUCCAUUUCAUCACUAAAUACAGACAGUAGUGUGGUGGAUAUAGACAUUCUUGGCAAGUCUUUCUCAUCUCACAGUGACAAUCCAGCUGACAGGAGCAUUUCCCAGGUUCAGUCAAGCUCCCACAGUUCUAGCUUGCAACCUUCUGUAGCAAAAAAAGCAAAGAUAGAAGAAUCCAACACACGAAGAGGGAAAAGCAAAGAGAGUACCCAGCAAUCUCCACUUACCCUCGACAACCAGUCGCCGGGGCUUGACGGCUUACGGCGGACCAGACGCACAAGGAAAACGGGAUCUUGUGCCAGUAGCAGUGGUCGGCGUUCCUCAUCAUUGUCAAAGCGCCAAGGAGGCUCAACAUCACGCCCAGUACCACCAAGUGACAGUGGUACUAGCCACAGCAGAGGGACGUCCAAACCACAUUCCAGUACAAUGUCUGACCCUACAGACAAUACUGGAAGCGGCGCCAGACCGCGUAACACUGAUGAGGGUGCACAGCCACCUGUGGCAGCCUCCAGUUCUGGUGGUGCAACUGCAGUUACAUCUGAAAGUGAGAGUGAGGAGGCUGAUAUGGGCAGACUUCAAGCGCUUCUUGAGGCCCGCGGCCUACCCUCCCAGCUGUUUGGGGCACUUGGUCCCAGAAUGCACCAGCUCCUGCACAGGACUAUGGGAGGAGGCAACAUCAGUAAAGCUCAGCAGUUGAUACAAGGCCUGCAGUCUACCGGAAACGAGGACCAACAGCUCACCUCUGCUAUUGAGAUGUGUCAGUUACUUGUGAUGGGGAAUGAGGAUACACUGGCAGGCUUUCCAGUAAAACAGGCUGUACCAGCCCUCAACACACUCCUACAAAUGGAGCACAACUUUGACAUGAUGAACCAUGCCUGUCGGGCUUUAACCUACAUGAUGGAAGCUCUUCCUCGAUCCUCCGCUGUGGUUGUAGAUGCCGUGCCAGUCUUUUUGGAAAAGCUACGAGCUAUUCAGUGUAUGGAUGUGGCAGAACAAUCUCUGACGGCACUAGAGAUGUUGUCGAGGCGACACAGCAAGGCAAUCCUGCAGGCUGGAGGUAUAUCAGCUUGCCUGACAUUCCUGGAUUUCUUCAGUAUGUCAGCCCAGAGGAGUGCUCUGUCCAUCACUGCUAACUGUGUACAGAACCUUAGUCCCGAAGAGUUCCACCUCAUCCGAGAAUCUUUCCCACUGCUCAGCGCACGUCUUACACAUCAGGACAAGAAGUCAGUUGAAAGCUGUUGUUUGUGUUUCUCGCGCUUGGUGGACAAUUUUCAAGGUGACCAGAGGAUUCUGAAGGAGAUUGCGGUGCAUGGACUUCUGACCAACAUCCAACAACUGUUGGUGGUCAGCCCACCAGUAGUCAGUACUGGGACGUUUGUGAUGGUUGUACGUAUGCUGUCCGUCAUGUGCGCUAGCUGUCCUGAUCUGGCUGUCCUCCUUCUCAAACAAAAGAUUGCAGACACUUUAUGUUAUCUCCUAGUGGGAACUUCUGAACAAGCCAGUCCAAGUAUAGAGCUUGUAUCCAGAACACCACAAGAGUUGUACGAGAUAGUCUGUCUCAUUGGUGAGCUGAUGCCUAAGCUACCAACAGAUGGGAUAUUCUCCAUUGACACAAUGCUGCGUAAAGGCUCCACAGGCCAACUGGAGGCCAUAACCUGGCAGUGGAGGGAUGACCGUGGUAUCUGGCACCCCUACACUCCCAUCGACAGCAAGAUUGUAGAGGCUGCCCACCUGGCCAGUGAAGAUGAGGUUAGUCUGUCUACUAUGGGACGGGCCUACACACUGGACUUUAAUUCUAUGCAACAGAUCAACGAGGACACUGGAACAGCACGUCCGGUUCAGAGAAAGGUCAACCCUUUUGUACCUGGUGCCCCACAGGCCUCGGCCACCUCCCUGACGUCCUCCUCCUCCUCCUCCGUAUCCUCUGUUUCUUCCCUGCCGUCUGACCCUAACAUUGAACGGUGCGACUCACGAGCAGAGAUACUAAAAGAAGACAUGGCUUUAGCCUCUGCCUUUAUCCAGACACUGUUUGCUGUUCUGUAUGAGGUGUACAGCUCCUCUGCUGGCCCUACAGUGAGACACAAAUGUCUACAGACAUUGCUAAGGAUGAUCUUCUAUGCUGAUGCUGACUUACUGAAAGAAAUCCUGAAAACUCAACCUGUCUCCAGCCACAUAGCCGCCAUGAUGGCUUCCCAGGAUCUGAAGGUGGUGGUAGGAGCCAUUCAGAUGGCUGACAUUCUCAUGCAGAAGUUGGCUGACAUUUUCAGCGUAUUUUUCAGAAGAGAAGGUGUCAUGCACCAAAUAAAGAAGUUGGCUGAGUCCGACCCUUUGGCUGUGUCACCAGUAAAGCCGCCCUGUCCUCCAGAGAACCAGCCCACAGGAGCUGGUUCAGUGUCAAGCUCGCUCAGUAGUUUGAGCAGCUCCAGUACAAUGGGGUCUGGUAGCAGUAUAUCCCACAGCUCUGAGUCCUUAGGGGGUCGAGAUGCCAGUCUAGGGUCACAUGACCUGGGAGGUGCCUCUAUCCCCACCCCAGGGGAAGACCAAUGUAGUAGUCCAACACAAAUGCGGCUUAGUGAUGUGCUGAAAAGAAAGAAACCUCCAAAGCGCUCCUUGGGACGCAAGGGACGUAACUCCGCUGAGGAAUUACCAACAGAUCUGGCUACCAAAACCACUACCCCUACAUCAAGUCGGGGCUCUAGUAGGACGAAAGCUGCCAGUAAUUUCAUUUUCAAAAGCAAAGAAGGAAAGUCCAGUGGGGCAAGUUCCAAGAUGUCCUUCCUUCCUAGCCUGAAUCCUCGUAGCUGGGGCAAGAGUUCGAACAGCUCUGACCGACCUGCUCUGCCUAAGGGUGGCCUAUCAAAGGCAGGACAGCCAAGGGUACUGGCUAAUCUCUCCAGAAAUGAUUUAAGUGUCCAGAAGCAAAUGAGCAUUUCCAGCUCUGGUAACAAAGAAAAGGUGAAGACAUGGAUCAAGGAACAAGCUAUCCGGUUCCUGGAUCAAUACUUUAACUCAGAAAGCCAGGGAAGUAGCCACCCAGCACUUAAUGUCCUUAACCGGUUGUGUUCUGCGACAGAAAACCUGUCCGCUGAGGAGGAUUCAGGCAUUGACUGCCUAAAGGCCAUUGCUCAGAUCAUGAAGGAGAAUGAUGUUUCUCCAUUUGAAAUCAUCCAUAGUGGACUUGUACAAAAGUUCCUUCAAUAUCUCACCUCCACCACAGGAGAAGUCCCUCGUGAUGUUAGGAUCAGACGCUUCCUCCACGUAUUCCUCAACUGUCCAGCACCUGAUGUACUGUACGUGAAGGAGACAAACUUUACCCUAGAAACCAUUCCCUCAUUGUGUGCUCUAGUCAGCAAGUUGAUUGGAUGUCUUCAUCAGCUUGAACAGUUUCAGGUCAAAGUUCAUGACCUGCCAGGGGGAAGUACGUCAAGUGGGCGGGGCUCAAAUGCCCUUCGCUUCUUCAAUACACACCAACUAAAGUGUAAUCUACAGCGUCACCCAUCGUGUACAUCUUUAAGGCAGUGGAAGGGUGGGCCGGUGAAGAUAGAUCCACUAGCCUUAGUCCAGGCCAUUGAGAGAUAUUUAGUUAUUCGUGGAUACGGCAGAUUAAAACCGGAUGGAGAAGAUGAUAUCAGCGACGACGAAAAUUCCGAUGAUGAUGUUGAUGAUACUAUGGCGGCAGUGUUCAUCAGCCAGGGCACAGCUCGACACAAGUUGGAGUUUUUGAUAGGAGAACGAAUCCUACCCUAUAACAUGACAGUGUACCAGGCCAUCAAGAACUACAGUAACCCGGGGGAGAAGGAUAGCAGUGAGACAGACACGGACACAGAAAACCCUGUUGGUCACGCCAGUAUAUGGGUGCAAACACACACUAUCUGGUAUCGACAGGCAUCAGAACAAGAGGAAGGGAUGGCCACCAGUCCAAAGAAAACACGGCCUGAAAUCAAGGGGCCGAAGACCUCGAGCAGGAAGAAGGUGGACGAACUGUGGACAGAAGGCCACUGUCCGAUGAUGGUUCCAGCAUUAAAUGCUUACCUCACAGACAAGCUGCCCGCGUUUGUCACCGUUACAGAUGCUUCAGUAGAUGUCAUUGCCCUGCUGCGUAUUCUCCAUGCAUUUAACCGAUAUUGGUCCACCAUGUAUGAGGUAAUGUUUUCCAGUAAACCCAUCCUGCCCUUCACUGAUUUCCUGAGUUCUAAGCUCACAGCCAAAGCCAACCGUCAGCUGCAGGAUCCCCUGGUGAUUAUGACAGGAAAUCUGCCAUGCUGGCUAGCAGAGAUAGCUGCUGCUGCGCCGUUCCUAUUCCCGUUUGAGACGAGACAGUUGCUGUUCUAUGCUACCACAUUUGACCGCGACCGAGCACUGAUGCGACUACAAGACAAUUCCGGAGAUACCAGUACAAAUGAUAGCAGUGAGCGUGUGGCUCCAAGACUGGACCGCAGGCGGCGGCUGGUUACUCGAUCAGAUCUUCUGAAGCAAGCUGACAAAGUUAUGGAAGACCUUGGGAAUUCCAGGGCUCUGCUGGAGAUCCAGUAUGAAAAUGAGGUUGGUACUGGCUUGGGUCCAACACUGGAGUUUUAUGCUCUUGUGUCAAAAGAGCUACAAAAAGGAGAAUAUGAGAUGUGGCGGGGUGAGGUGGUCAAGGAUGUGGACAGUGAAGGAAAAGAAACAGGGGAGGAAUAUUUCCAUGCUAACUGUGGACUUUUUCCUGUGCCUCUUGCUCGUAAUGCUAAAGCUGCAGUGGUUACCAAACUGAAAAACAAGUUCAAGCUCCUUGGCAAGUUCAUGGCCAAGGCCAUGAUGGACUCGAGGAUGCUUGAUCUGCCAUUGAGCCUGGUUUUCUACAAAUGGAUGCUGGGACAAGAACAUAGUCUCACUUCAAGCGACCUCCAAUAUGUGGAUCCCGUGGUCGCCAAGUCUUUCAGACAACUAGAAGAUGUUGUCCGUCAGAAACAACGUAUCUUAGCUGACAAAUCUCACACAAAAGAGAGCAGACAGCUUGCUCUAGACAAUGUGACGAUGGAGGGGUGUAGUAUAGACGAUCUGGCUCUUGACCUUACACUUCCUGGAGCUGCCAACAUCGAACUGAAGAAGGGUGGCAAGGACAUUCCUGUUACCCUGGAUAAUCUAGAGGAAUACCUACAGUUGGUGGUUCAUUGGAGUCUAGUGGAGAGUGUGUCACGGCAGUUUGAAGCCUUCAGAGAGGGAUUCGAGUCUAUCUUUCCACUAAGUACACUACAGAGUUUCUAUCCAGAGGAGCUGGAACAGCUGUUCUGUGGGAAUGCCACAGAUACAUGGGAUGUAAAGAUGUUAAUGGAAAGCUGUCGCUCCGACCAUGGAUACACACAUGAUAGCCGUGCUGUUAAGUUUCUGUUUGAGGUGCUCAGUUCAUACGAUGGGAUGGAACAGAGGAAAUUCCUCCAGUUUGUCACUGGAUCUCCCCGCCUUCCUGUAGGAGGAUUCAGGAGUUUAAAUCCACCUCUCACUGUUGUUAGAAAGACAUUUGAAGCCUCGGAAAAUGCAGACAAUUUCUUGCCCUCUGUGAUGACGUGUGUGAACUACCUAAAAUUACCAGACUAUUCCUCUGUAGAAAUCAUGCGUGAAAAACUUUAUCUGGCCACCAAAGAGGGCCAGUUGUCCUUCCAUCUGUCCUAACAUUGACCUUCGGAGAGACAUAAGACAAUAUGAUACAUAUAUCAGUACUCUAUUUGGCUGAAAAGGAGGGCCAAUCUUCCUUGUAGAAUUACUGAAAUUGUCCUUCGGAGAGACAUAAAGAGGACAGUUAUGUAGGAUACCUUGUCUUAAUAUUUCUGCAGAACGCAGAAUUGGGUGAAUACAUUGCCCCGACACAACCUUUAGGAGAAGGGACCUCUAAAGUAAAUGUUAGCCCUAACAAAGUCCUGUGGAUGACGUUUUGGUUCUAACAGUAUAACAAGUGGUAGAUUACAUGGAUAAGUACCAGUAUUAUAUUCUGAACCGUCCCACAAGAGACCGGAGCUUAUAUUAACGAUCUGAGACCACCGUACAGGUAAUGAGACAUCUUAAUGUCCCCAUUGUUCUCCAGGAGACAGAUCCAUAGGAGGCAAGAUUUAUUUGAGAUCAAAAACUGUGCUACAAGAAAAGGAUAUCUAAAUCAGAUCAGCUCUAAUUAAAUACUACAGGAAACAACUCCAGUCUUGACUGAAGCAGGAAUUUUCUCUGAACUGUACUACAGGAGUAAUGACACAGGACAAUAUAUAUCUCCUCCAGCCAUGUCUGAAACAGACAGGGCGACUCAAUAUACUACGAAUUGUCCUUAAGACUGGAUACUGGAUAUAAAUAUUGACUCUGGCUCUCCUUGUGACAAUUUAUUUCGAUAACAACUGUCCUGAUAUUCUUUAUAAACCAUCCUUAUUUUGGUGAUCACCCAAAUGUUCCAGCAUCAUCAAAUUUUAACAAAAUAGUGCAUUGCCAUUGAUGAAAUGGUGCAUCCAGACGAUAGAAUAUAAUAUACUCUUAGUAGUAACAGUUUUUAGUAUAAUGUCAAACGCAUAUAAAAAAGAUUCCUGUAGGUUUUUGUGUACAUGCUGGAAGAAUUCAAUAUCUUUCAAGGAAGUGUACUGAAGAUGCUGAGUUUAGAUAUCGAUCUUUUUAUCAGUACAUGUAGGGCUGACAGUUUUGUCAGUUGGAGGGUUCUCAAUUCAGGGGCACAGAACUGUCCAACAUAAACAGGUUCUACAAAGGUCACUUGCAGAUAAAGUCCAAGACCUGUACUGUAUUUUGUUUUGAUUGUGAUUUACAAGAAUUGAAGCCCACUUUUUUACUAUUAUGAUUUUCAAAGAAGGAUAUUGAUGACAAACUUCUGUAGGACAUUGCUUUCAAAACGAGGCUCAAAAAGUUGUUUUUGGCCUUGGCAUUGUCUACGACAGUUGAUAACAAAGGUUUGAUAUUUUAGUGUGGCCUGUAUUUCAAGAGGUACGUGACCUUGACGUUUCAUGGUCUUAUGAUGUCGACUAUAUCAAAGAUCUGGAGAAUGAUGUGUGUGAUGAAUCUUAUAGUUUCAAUGCAAAACACAAAAGGACAUAAACUUGUGAACUCCCCACCCAAUGUCUGACUGAGUGGCUAACGAUGAUAGCCACCCUCACACAGACACGCUUUAUAAGUGUAAUACUUUGUGAUCAUUUCUGAUGUAGAACUUGUAUUGUGGCAUUUAUAAUUUAUGUAUGAAUUUAUGUUAUGGACCUUACCCGUUUUAGUAGAGAAAUUUCACCCGAGAAAGCGGCCCCAGAAUUGUUCAGUAGUGUGUGUAAGAGGUAAAUGAAUACUUGUUUCCCUAUGUUUUGUUAUGAAUGACUUUAGGCAGAGUGGGUAUAUAUGUAUAGUAUACUGUUUUUUUCACUUGGUCACUCUAUCAUACAGUCAAUUGAAGUACUAUGUGUAUUCAGAUUCCAUGCAAAACCCAAAUAAUCAUACUUACUCUUUUCAAGAAACAGUUAAUACGUGUUCAUAUUUAUCAUUUAUCUUUUUUUACGUCACCAAAUGACAUGCAAAUAAAAUAAGAGAUGUUUAAUUUUUUAAUACAUUGAAAGAAAAAAUAAAGACUGAUAGGCAGUAAAAUUGUUUCUUGUUCAAAUUAUACACUUUUAUCAUCCACAUCAAAAGAACAUGAAGACUAUUGAAGACUGAAAGUCAAGAUUAAUAGUUCCUAACAUUAGUUAAAAACACGGAAAGUUUUUCAAAAUCAUGUUUUUACAGAAUACAUGUACUUAAUAUAAAUGUAUAACCUUUUUAUGAAAAAAAAUACAUCAUCAUUUUAUUUGCCAUUCACUACUUCCUAAAUAGCUUGGACAGCUGAAUAAAAAUAAUAUAUCAGGCAGUAAUGAAUCAUUUAAUUUGCUUCCCAUAGCUAAGCUGUGUGAUUUGUAUUCAGUAUUUUACAUUAAAUUACUAUUUAUUUAAUAAAAUCUUACCAUAAAUGAUGACAAAAAUAUUGUUCAAGAUAUUUGAUAUGCAGUUAUCUCCCUAUAAACCCCUGCAAGCAAAGUUUAAAAUUUACCUUUACUUUCGACAUUUUAUCAGAAUUUAAAAUCUGUAAUUUUAGUAUUGUAAUAUUUUUGCUGUCAUUUUUCAUCAAAUAUGAUUCACUUGUGAUUACAUUAACUUCAAGGAGGUUAGAAUGGGGUUUUUUUUUCUACACAUUUACCAUGUUAAGUAUCAUUUCCUUAAAAUCAUUCACUGAAGAAGAAAGAAAAGUAUUUGAAAUACAAAUCAUUUUGUUACUUUAUGUUAACACAUUGUGCGUAUUUAAGUUAUUUUAAACUUUGUGAAAGUGUACAACCUUUGAAAGGUAGAAAGUGUUUGUACUUAGAGUAUUCAUCAUUCAAAGAGUAGGUUACAACUAAAUACUGGUAGUGCAUUUUGAACAUAACCAUAACAUAAGUUUCUGGGCAGUCCUGAAAAGUAGGGUAAAUAAGAGCCCAAAUUAUGUCGGCUUGUGUUGGCUAUUGAAUGAUUCGCUACUUAAUGAUGUGGCUUGAUAAUUUCUCAAGUAAAAUAUUCAAAAGUUGUCUGCAGAAAUAUAAGUAUAAAAAGGAUAGUGAUUUGGAAUAUGAGGACAAACAAUUUUUGUUUGCUGUUCGACUUCUUAUGAAAAAUAUAGUUAAAUGGAUAAAUCCAUUUUGUUACACUUGAUACAACUGAGUCCGGGAUUAAAGAAUCUGUUAUAAAUAUAAGUGAGAGAUGAUGUUUGUUUGGCAGUGUUCUCUGGACUGUGUCCAACAGUAUUGCUGUGUAUAGCAAUGCUGUGUGAAAUGGAAUGUGAUAUUUUGUUUUAGUUACUGGGGUAAUAUGUAUAGUAUUGUAUAGAAUGUUUUUUUGGUUUUUUGUUUAUUUUUUAAUGAAGGUGUGGUAUAAUAUUCUCUAUACUGCCACUGUUAACUUGAUUGAUAUGUGUUAUAAAUGAAUGAGGAAAACUUUCUAUAAUAUAUUCUUGUAUGUAUUUGAUAACACAGGUCAAUUAUAUAAGUUUGUUUUUUGUAAUGUCUUUAAUAUUUCAUUUGUAUGAUGCUAGUGCAUCCAAUUUAUUUAAAGUGUACCGGUAUAGGAACUUGAUCUUAUAAAGUAUUGAUUAUAAACCGAUCUCUGAUAAUAAUGUGAGAAAAUAGGAUGAACCUUUCACCAGGAAUUGGUUAGAUAAACCAACCUCUAAUGAUAAUGUGACAAAAUAGGAUUGAAUUGUUUACUACUUCACUGUAAAAUAUACUGCAUUUGAUAUUGUUAACACAUUUAUUGAAAAAUAUCCCUUGCAUAUUAUGCAGAGGAGCUGUUAGCUGAAGUAGAAAUAGCUCAUGCUGUGCGUCAGUUUUUAAUUGAAGGUGAUAUUGAAUCCUUUCUGUAUUAGAUUUACAAAUAAGUUGCUUAAAAGGUCACUACUACUUUGAGUAAAACAAACAAUUUUAAAGUGUAAAAUUUUCUUUGUUUCAUAUUUGUGUGAAUAGAACAUUUGACGAUUAGUUUUACAGAGUACAUGUGUAAUGAUUAUAUAAUCGAAAAGAUGGAUCUUUGUAGUCGCCAGUUCACUGUUUCUUGAUCGGGUUACUGUCAUUUGUAAUGUUUUUUUAUAAUGUGCAAAUCAAUUCAAUUUUACACUACCUGGUUCUUAAUUUCUGCCACUUUUCAUUUUGAAUAAAGUUUAAAGAUAACAACAGAACUGAUGAGGAUGGUUGUGAUUUAGACACGAAUCAAUAAUGAUGGGGGAUUUGUUUUUAGUAAACAAAUAUAAAUUUACACAUCAAAUUAUGUUAAUGUUAUCAUUGCUCUGAUAUAUAUAAUGCAGUAUGGUAAUGUUUCAGUUACAAACAUUUUUUUUCUGAGAUGCUAGACAUUAUUGCGCUGACUUUUACUUGGAAUCAUUUACAAUGAGUUAAUGAGUGAGAUGUUGUGUUAGUCUUCUGUUUGUUGAUGUGUGAAAGAGAAUGGAAAACAAAUGUCAACAAAGAGAUAAAUAAAGGUUUCACAACAGUCUU